AUGAAACAGAUCGUCUCCAUCUUAAUCACCAUCACAACCGCACUUCUCAUCGCAUACUACGCCAACAGCCAAAACAAUCUGGCUUUGCCAAAGACUGUUCUUCAACAAGCCAGAAUACUUUUCAGCAGCAUCGUACAUCGCGUAUCACCCACGCCCCCAAAGGCUACGACUUCAACAACAACAACAGCUUUCCUCGGACUCCCUCUGAUUCCCUCUCGUUUCGCGUCAACCGCAGCUGAUAUGACCACUCCAAGAGCAAUCAAAUUCUCCUUUCUCGCCCGCGAGCAAUCCGAAGGCGCGGGUGCCGUGGUGCGCCGCUCGGUCGGUACACCCAAACUACGCAAUUUCACACCCUUCCUCAUGCUCGACCACUUCCACAUCCCACCUGGCGCAGGCUUCCCUGACCAUCCACACCGCGGUCAAGAAACCAUCACAUACCUCCUCAAGGGUGGCGUGGACCAUGAAGACUUCGCCGGCAACAAAGGCACCAUUGGACCCGGUGACCUGCAGUUCAUGACCGCGGGAAGAGGUAUCAUGCACGCCGAAAUGCCCGUGCAGACCGAAGACAUCAACGUCGGCAUGCAACUGUGGGUCGACCUGCCUGAAAACCUCAAGAGCUGCGAACCACGAUACCGCGACCUGCGCGCUGCAGAGAUCCCCAUCGCCAAAACUGACGACGGCAAAGUCGAAGUCAAAGUCAUCUCCGGCUGCAGCCUCGGCGUCGAAUCGCUAAAGGACCUCGCCUACACACCCGUCUGGUUACUCGAUGUGACCGUUCAACCCGGUGGGACACUCACCCAGGAACUGCCACCAGGCUGGAACGCUUUCGCCUAUACGCUUGAAGGUGCCGUGACAUUCUCAAAUGGUGCCGAUGCUACUAAAUCCGAGACCGUCACUCCCUACCACAACGUCGUCUUCGAACAGGCCGGUGACGUCGUCACCGCCUCUGUCGAAGAUGGUGCCUCCGAACCGGCCCGCUUCAUCUUGGUCGCUGGAAUGCCUCUCGAUCAGAACGUCGUACAGUACGGGCCCUUUGUCACUACCAGCAAAGAAGCCGUCUAUCAGGCCAUGAUGGAUUUCCAAACCGCAAGCAAUGGGUUUGAGCGUGCGAGGAAUUGGGAGAGUGAAAUUGGAAAGAGUAUGGGACGGGUGAGAUGA